ACUUCUUGUUCCCUUUUUUUAGUUCUUUUAGACAAAUUAUUAUACUAUUAGUUCCUUCUUGAAUCUAUCAUCUAGCUAUGAGCACAGAGCUCGUAUUGAUUGCUGUGUACUUCCUUCUUUUAAUCCUUCUACUCCCCUCCUGCAGCAACCACGAUACAACGGUCGGUACUUUUCUUUCUUUAUUAUCACUUAAACGCAGCAGCUUCCUUCUAUCCUUCCAAGUUCCAUCCUCCUCCUCCUCCUCCUCCUCCUUCUUCAUUCUCUGCUUCACUCCACUCCAUCCGUUAUACUUCUUGAAUAAAAAGAUCCCGAUAUUCUCAAGAAUUUUCAGAGAAAACGUGAAAAAUGUCAUAAGGGUAAACAAUAUGAUCAAUCAAUUCAUCAGCACAUAAAAACAGAGAUCACCACCAGCUUUCCAGAGACAGAAAGAAAGAUCAUUUUGUUUUUGACAAAAUGCCUCAAGUUCAGAUGAAAGAACCCAAAGAAAAACAUGUGGUUUCUAGAAAACCAUUACAAAAUUCGUUGAAUAAUCAUCAACAGCAGCAGCAACAAAGGCAACCUUCUUCUUCAUCAUCAGAUUCAUCAUCAUCAUCAUCAAAAAAUUGUUUACAGGAAAAUAAAAAGAAAAGUACUACUAGUGUUGGUAGAAGAAGAAGGAAGAAAUGUAGAGGCAAAAUGAUGAAUAGUACUACUAGUGAUCAUCAUGAUGUUCUUCUUCAUCAUCAUCAUCAUCAUCAUCAUCAUCAAGUUGAAACUAUGAAACAGGAAACUGAUCUGAGCUUGAUAUCUUCUUCUAUUCCAGUGUCCAGUAAGGGUUUGAUGUUUCGGAGAAGACCGGGUUUCGGUCAGCUCGGUACUAAAUGUAUUGUUAAAGCAAAUCAUUUCUUGAUUGAGUUAUCUGAUAACACAGACUUAAUUCAUUAUGAUGUAACGAUUAUGCCUGAUGUUAGUUCUUGUGGUAUGAAUAGAGCUAUAAUGGCUGAAUUAAUAAAAGUUCAUAGAGGAACUGAUUUGGGCAUGAGACUUCCAGCUUAUGAUGGAAUGAAAAGCCUGUAUACUGCUGGAUUACUUCCUUUUACUUCAAAGGAAUUUAAUGUCAUUAUACUGCAAAAGCAUGAUGGAACUGAGCUCACAAGAGAAUUGGAAUUCAAAGUGAUAGUCAAGUUUGUAGCUCGAAUUGAGCUCGACCAUUUGCGUCAGUUUCUUGCUGGGAAAAUUACUGAUGCUCCUCAUGAUGCUAUUCAAGUCCUUGACAUUGUUUUAAGAGAAUUACCUAGGCAAAGGUAUUUAUCUAUCGGACGAUCAUUUUAUGCUCCUGAUAUUAGAAAAUCACGACGACUUGGAGAUGGAUUACAAUCAUGGUGUGGAUUUUAUCAGAGUGUAAGACCUACACAAAUGGGUCUGUCUCUAAAUAUUGACAAUUCUUCGGCUGCUUUUAUUGAACCACUUCCUGUAAUGGAGUUUGUUGCUCAAGUUUUGGGCAAGAACAUACUCUGUCAGCCUCUGUCAGAUGCUGAUCGUAUUAAGGUUAAGAAAUCUCUCAGAGGUGUCAAAGUUGAAGUAACUCAUAGAGAAAAUGUACGACGGAAAUACCGUGUUUCAGGGUUGACGUCACAGACUACAAGGGAGCUAAUGUUUCCAGUGGAUGAGCAAAUGAAUAUGAAAUCAGUUGUCGAGUACUUUCAAGAGAUGUAUGGGUAUACCAUUCAAUACUCACAUCUUCCCUGCCUCCAAGUAGGAAAUGAAAAGAAGGCCAACUAUUUGCCAAUGGAGACUUGCAAGAUUGUCGGCGGGCAAAGAUACACAAAGAGGUUAAACGAUAAGCAGAUAACUUCCUUUUUGAAAGUUACAUGCCAAAGACCACGUGAACAAGAAAUGGGCAUUUUGCAGACUGUUCGCCAAAAUGGAUAUGAUCAAGAUCCCUAUGCGAAGGAGUUUGGCAUCAAUAUAAGUGAUAAGCUUGCAUCUCUUGAAGCUCGAGUUCUUCCUGCCCCAUGGCUAAAAUAUCAUGAUAGCGGGAAAGAAAAAGAUUGCUUGCCUCAAGUUGGUCAGUGGAACAUGAUGAACAAGAAAAUGAUAAAUGGAAGCACUGUAAACUACUGGGCUUGUAUCAACUUCUCACAAAGCGUACAAGAAAACACUGUUCGUGGCUUUUGUCAAGAGCUGGCACAGAUGUGCCAAGUUUCUGGCAUGGAAUUCAACCGUGAGCCUGUGAUGCCAAUCUAUUCAGCAAGGCCAGAUCAAGUAGAGAAGGCAUUAAAACAUGUAUAUGAUGCAGCCUUAAACAAGCUUAAAGGGAAAGAGUUGGAUCUACUUAUAGCCAUCCUCCCUGAUAACAACGGGUCGUUGUAUGGUGAUCUAAAGAGAAUUUGCGAGACAGAUUUAGGAUUGAUAUCCCAAUGCUGUCUAACAAAACAUGUUUUCAAGUUAAGCAAACAGUACCUGGCUAACGUUUCGCUUAAAAUCAAUGUCAAGAUGGGAGGAAGAAAUACGGUACUCUUAGAUGCACUAUGUUGGAAAAUUCCUUUGGUCAGUGACAUUCCUACUAUAAUAUUCGGAGCUGACGUAACUCAUCCAGAAACUGGAGAGGACACCAGUCCAUCUAUUGCCGCGGUCGUAGCUUCUCAAGACUGGCCCGAGGUUACAAAGUAUGCUGGUUUAGUAUCUGCGCAAGCUCAUCGACAAGAGCUUAUUCAAGACUUGUUCAAAACUUGGCAUGAUCCUCAAAGGGGUACCGUUACUGGAGGAAUGAUCAGGGAGCUUUUAAUUUCCUUCAGAAAGGCAACUGGACAAAAACCACUGAGGAUCAUAUUUUACAGGGAUGGUGUAAGCGAAGGGCAAUUUUAUCAGGUGUUGCUAUAUGAAUUGGAUGCCAUUCGUAAGGCUUGUGCCUCUUUAGAACCAAACUACCAGCCUCGAGUAACCUUUGUGAUCGUUCAAAAACGUCACCACACAAGACUAUAUGCAAAUAACCACAAGGAUCGAAGUAGCACUGACAAGAGUGGAAAUAUCCUUCCUGGGACCGUGGUGGAUUCAAAAAUUUGUCAUCCUACUGAGUUCGACUUUUAUCUUUGUAGUCAUGCUGGGAUCCAGGGGACAAGUAGACCGGCUCAUUAUCAUGUUCUGUGGGAUGAGAACAAUUUCAGUGCCGAUGAGAUUCAAUCUCUCACAAACAACCUCUGUUACACGUAUGCUCGAUGCACUCGGUCUGUUUCUAUAGUACCUCCAGCUUACUACGCACAUCUUGCUGCAUAUCGUGCUCGAUUCUAUAUGGGACCAGAAGUGCCAGAAAACCCGAAAAAGCGACACACACAUUUUACGGGUAACAACGGGUCAUGUGUUCGCGAGUUACCAGCAUUGAAAGAGAAUGUUAAGAAAGUGAUGUUUUACUGUUAGCAAAAUCAAAAGGUAGUGGAAGUUCUGUACAUGAAUGUUGUAUCUGUAUUGUUGAGAGAGCAAAAGAGAAAAAUGAAUGGUGAUAGUGGUAGUGUAAUGGUAUUGUUUGUAUUACAAUUUUGAGUAGUUCUUGAUAGGCUUUUGUUGCCCAACCAAUGUAAUACAAACAAAUCAGGUGUAGGUACUAAUCUUGGUUUCAUGUAUAAAAGAAGCUUUUGUUUAUCUGAA